UGUGGGGAAGAGGGUGGCAGCGGAACAGACUGGGCCAGAGUGCGUAGGGCGGAGCGAGGGAGCGUGCCGGGGUAGCAGCAGCAGGAGCAGCAGCAGCAGCAACAACAUCGGCAGCCGCUGCCGCCGAUGAAUGAGCGCAGACGCCCGGACGUCAAACAGCGGAGACGGCAGCAGCAGUGGCAGCAGUAGCCCCCACACACGACAAACAAACAAACACAUACACACACAAACAAACAAGACAGAAGGACGCAGAACCAGCGACAACAAAGCAGACACCCGUGGGAGUUGGGCUACGGACACGCGCGCUCGCUGAUUGUUGGGGGGGGGGGGGUGCUUGAGUGCAGGAGGAGCAGCAGCAGCAGGAGGAGGUUGGUUGGGAGAGAAGCCGGAGCUGGAUUUGUGCGACUCUCUUUAGUAGCUUGAGGACCACCACCACCCACACGCGUCCGCACACACGGGGAGCGCAAGCGCCACUUAGCACACGCAAGCCCCAUGUAUGUAUCUCAUCUGUGCGCAAAGUUGGCAGCAGCAGCAGCAUCAGCACCACCAUCAUCACCACCAGCACCACCAGAGCAGUAGCGGCGCCGCACUGCCACGGUGGAGACGGAGCGACGACGACGACGAAUACGAGGCGGAGGAAGAGGAGGAGGACGACGACGUGGAUGAGGAGGACGAGGAAGUGGGGGGCGGGCGAGUGGGAACGAACCAACGACGGGAGACGGAGCGGAGGCAGCAGCAGCAGCAGCGAGCGAGGAGGCAGGGACCCUCCCGCAGCGCACGCAACCCAGCCGGGCCAGCCCGGCCGGUUAGGAUGAUAACGGUGCUGACAAAGAAGUUACGGGCGCACACCAUUGACGAAGUCCAGCCGCUACAGCUCAAGGUGACUCAUUCAUCAAGUGAGGAGGAAGAGGACGACUCUGAGGACGAGAACCAGGAACUUGCUCAGAUUGACCGAGAGAGGCGACGCCUCGGUGAGGAGGUAACGCCACUCGCCCUGAGCCGGCAGCAAAACAGCCGCGAGACGCCUCCUCUCCCCGGGCCCCGGCCAAUGGCCCGUGCAGACUCGCGCCUGGAGCGGCCCAGCUCCGAGGAGGAGCUGGAGAGCAUAAUCACGGCACGCGAGCGAAUGGCUGCGGCCGCCCCAUUGUCCAGCGUGCCGGGCUGCGCCGUGCUGCCGAUUGGCGGCGCGGGCGCGGUCGCCGCUGUUGUCGUUGCUCCUGCGGCUGCCGCUGCUGCUGCUGGCGGCGGUGGAGGAGGAGGAGGAGGCGGCACCAUUGGCUUCGUUGCCGCUAUGCCAGAGAAACGGAAGUGGUGCCAAGUCGGGGCUGGGAGGGCCUGUCAACCCGAGAGGGCCUCGUCCAGUGAUGAAGAGGUCAAAGAUCUGUGCACCAGCAAGGCGUUCCGCCCGAUACAACAGAACGGACAGGACUGCGCGAGCCCCUUGCUGUUCAGCGCCUCUCCGCCGCGCUGCCUGCAGCCCGUCGUGUGGAGUCCGCGCGGCGCUCGCCUCACCCUCUCGGCGCUGGACCAGGCCUCGCCGUGCAAGAGGCACAAGCAGGCCCUGGCGGAGCAGCACACCCGCCGGCCGAGCCUCGACUUCGAGAAGAUGCAGCAGAGGAUGCUGUUGAAGAAGCACUGCGCCUCAAGAACUCGGCUGGUAAAAAUUCGGAGCGUGAGCACUGGUCCGCGAUACAUCUGCGACCCGUCCGUCUUCGCCUUCCGCUCGCUCAGUACGCUCAACCCCAUGGCCCCGAUGACCCCGGUGGAGGAGCCCUCCUGUGCCUGAUGCCCUGGCAACUCCGACAGGGCUGUUAUUGCUCUCCCCCUGGCACGACUCUCCAGUCGACCCCAGGCUUUAUCCCGACCGGGCUUGCACAGAGCGAUUAUGUCAAGCCGGUGCACCGAGAGGCGGCUCUCAGACUCUAGCGGGGCCCCGUCAAGGCGACGAGGAGGAAGAGGGAAGAUUUCUCGUCAAAAAUGUUGAGCCUGCUCUACUUGGCUUUGUGCAAAAGACACUCCCUCACCCUUUAGGGCUGUCGAAACUGCUUCGGGCAUUGAAGCAGAAUCGUGCACAAGUUUUUCCUCAUCAGUUUUUCUUGUUGUUUCAAGGCAGUUGGAUGCAUCGACAACUAAACUUCUGCCAUUCAGCAGCUUUCUACUAAUCUGAUCUCAGGAUUGAGCAGCGCACGACACACAUGCCGUGCUUCUACUAGAGGUCUAGGUGCCUCCCGAAUCUCUCUUGGAAGCGGACAUUGCUGCCUGGCCACUUUUCUGAAUGCACACAAAAGUCUUGGAGUGCAGUGGCACAUUCUCUUGCUUUUCUUUUCUUUUUUUGUGGACCCUGGGUUUUGUGUUGGCUGCUGACUGGGCCCUUGGCCUGCAGGGAGAUUGAUGCAAGGGGUGACCCAACACCUCUUAUCAGCAGGAGAGCAGGAGGAAACAGGCCCUAUUUGACCACGUGAUUUAGUGGGCUGACCUUUACGAAAAGCCGGCCUCGCCUGAACAUUUGUAUCCUGUCCUUUUAAUUCAGGGAAGAAAAAAAAACAUUACAUUUGAAUGUUCCUUUCUCUCACGUGUCUUGCAUUGUAUUGCCAGUUUCACUGCAGGUCUCCUGCUCCCCCAACCCACUAAGUGUGCUCAGGCAAACUUACUACAUCGUCAUUUUCAAGGACAAGAGUUAUUUUUUGUGACUGCUGCAGAGCUACUGUAAUAGCUCUUUUGAAUUUUGAUGCAACUGAUUUUUCUUUUCAUAGCCUAGCAGAACUCUUGCAAUUGUAUUCGACUCCUCCUCUCGCAAACAUGAAGACUUAAACAAAAACAUGUUGAAAAUAACUUGAGGCAACAUCGAAGAAUAUUAAAUAGCAACCAUACAUACGUGGAAUUGUUUGUUUGUUUUAGAGCAGUGGGAGCAUAUGGUUAUUGAUUAAGAUUGUUGAUGGAAGUUUUCGGCAGUUGAUUUCAAAGUGAAAUGGUUUAGGUUUUUUAACGUUUCUCUAUUUUUGUUGAAAAAAAAUUACGACUGAUAAAAUCAACCACGUUAAAAGAACAAUUUUAAAAUACAAAAAAAUGUCAAUGUCUUCAGAUUUUUGUUGUAACCUUCAGGAAACCACAGCCGAUAAUAGUUGCACUCAAUAACUAAGCCUUAAACGUCACAUUUCUUAGCUCAAGUUCAGGAACCGGUCACAACUGACUGGGUUUUCAAGCCUUUUUUCCCCCCUUCUAGUUUUUGUUCACGACAUUUCUCUGUCUAUAUGAACACACACGAUGUUUGUGCUUUUUAUUUUUUCUAGUCGCUGCAAAGCAUAACAAAAUACAAGUUCCGUUCAGUUAUUGAUUGGCAUGUUAGUCGACGUUAAUUAACGUUUAAAAUGUAAUCUCGCUUAUAACCGUAAUAAAGAGUAGUCUGUGAUUGUUGUGGAACAGUGGUUUUUGCAAUCCCGUUGUUGUAGUGGAAGUGCCGUUACUGUGAUUUUUUGACUUAUUUCCUUUUAAACCCUUUGCGGGUUUCGUUUUAAUGCAUGAAAAAGCUCUGCAGAGCAGAUAUAUGCGUGUGUCGUCUUUCUUUUCUGCCCCUUUGUUUUCUUUCGUCUAGGCAGGAUGGAAAAAAAAACGUUGUGUUGAGAAGUACAAAGCAAGUGUAGUCGGCUAGUCCUUAUGGAAAUCUUGUAACAAAAAAAUAUAAGUAGCGUUCGGUAUUGCUGUGCUGUAUUAGUGUUUCUAAACGUGUUGCUAAAGCUGCUAACUUCCACGUGUGAGGAUGUUUUAAGAUGUAAAUAUUUGCACAAAUGCUUCAACUCUUAUUAUUAUUCCCUUGCUACUUUUUUUGUAUGGCAGGCUCAGCCUGAAUUAGCUAAUUAUGCUUGUUUUAAAAAGCAGCAUAGCUUUUGUAAAGUGUAGUCACGUGACCUUUGAUGAUUAUAUAUCUGUAUUUCACCUCUGGUCUAAGUCCGUGCUUUUUGGGGGGGGGGGUGGAUUUUUGUUUUCUAAGUUGGCUUAUGUUUCAUUCAGUAGUCGGUUGUUUUAACUCAUGGUUAGAUAAGCGUUAUUUUUUUUAACAAUAUAUUUGAUUUUAUUGCAUCACACAUAUUUUGAAUUGGAUUCUCUUGUAUGCAUUUUAUAUACGUCUACGGAAAAAAAAGAGAAAAUCUUCGUUUUUCAAACUCAAGAAACAUUUAGCACGGUUAAUGUGUAUGGGGGGGGGGGGUGUCUAGCACUGAACAGGGAGCGGCAGUACGUCAAGCUGUGCCUGGCGGCAGGAAUUGCAAACGUUGUUACGCGGCUUCUCUAAAGCACGUUUUAACUGCGACUGUUUCCCCCUCUACCCUUGUUACAUGAAAUGUUCCUCCUAUUAGAAACAAAGUCAAGAAAUGUGCACGCAAUAUUUAACUGUACACGUUGCCAUAAAAAUGUAUGUAAAAAAAAAUCAAUCCCGCUUUACUCCUCGCUGUGUGAACAGUUCUUACCCAAUUGAAAUUCAGAGUUACUUUGAAAGUUGUUUAGGAAUUUUUUUUUAAACUUUUACUUUUAUUUCUGCUUUCGCUAACAAUUGCUUGGGAAUAUUUCACGAAUGGAUAAUUACAGAAACGUAACAUCAUACGAGUGGAUGUCAUCAAUUGGGCAGUUACAUGCAGCCUGCGCGAGGCACUUGUGAAGGUUGUCUAUUUAUUGACACAAUGGCUUUUGCUUGUCUCUCGGGAUAACAUUGGGGGAUGCCGCACACCUUCAUUCAGGUGGGUUCGCACGUAGCACGUAACGUUACGGCACCUUGAGCCUCCGCACACCGUGAAAGUGCUGUUUAGUAAACUCUUAAGUGUAAUCGACAGCUAAUUACGGUUUGGGUGGCGCAAACGGCGCGUGGGGCGGGGGGGAUGGUGUGUGAAGGCAAAUUUUCUGAACCGAUCGCAACACACCGUGUGACCCGAACGUAACGUUUUUCACCACAGUGGCGGCAACGCGAUUGAUGUAAUAACGUAAAGGCACUUGAUAUGUUCUUCACACACAAGUCCAAGGUCGUUGCCGGUGUGAACCUACCAUUGUUAGCACCUUGGCUGUGAUUCAGUCACUAUUUAAGAUAUACGCAAGUGAUUCCAAGUGAUGGUUGAGCAAAUGUAUGCCAUGUACUCGAUAGAUAUUGUACAUGUUUUACAAAUUUUCUGGAUGGGAACUUUGUAUUUGCUUCCCACGUAUUUUUUUGCAUGCUUUGGUCAGAUGCAUGGACCGAUUAAUACAAAAACAUCUGCAUUUCGGGUCUUAAAAACAAAAUGAACUUGUCAAGGUAAAUGAAGCCACGAUGUUGUCAGUUUUUUUAUAUUGUUUUGGGGAAUUUAUAUCAGCUCGAUUCUUUUGUUUAUACUACAUUUCCUCGUCUUUUAUCAGGAUGCAUUCUCUCAUGUGCACCCUAAAUGGUGCCAGCUGAAUUCAUGUUGAGAUUGGUUAAAUACAAAAAAAGGAUGUACAUAAAUGUAAACUUCAUAUUUCAAGCACUUUAUACAGUUGUUUUUGGCUAAAAGAAAAAAAAUAUUAAGUACCUCAGUGUUUGUUUCCCUCAACCCCUAAUUCUCUUAAGGUACAACAAUCCCAGUGGUAGAGAAAUGGUGCAUUCUAGAACUAAUAAUUAUUAUGCCACAAUUUCAAGUGUCCACAAUGCGUUGCAAAUUUAAAAAUAUUUUUCAAGAGCAUCAUCAAACCUUUGGUAAGUGUUUCAUCGUUAAAAAAAUAUUUGGACAAGGUACAUCCAGAAUAAUGCAUUUUAACACUGAAUAUUAAUGAAAACCUCUUUAAAACCAGAGGUCAUGAUGUCACGUGAAAUUUUGGAAAUCUUUUCACGUGGAUAUUUGCCAGUACUCCACAAGCAGCCUUGCUUCACGAACGUACUGUUUUCUUCAACUGGGUAUGUUUUUGGAUUGUCUUGCUUUUGCAAUACACGAAGUUACAGUGGCUUAAUGUCAGUCUCUCUGUGUCAUCAUUUGUAAAACCAGUUUAGAGAAGAGCCUCAAGAAAAACCACUUCUCCCUAACCGUAGCCCAUGAAGAUACACAUGUAUUACCGUAAAAGAAAUGUUACAAAUAAGGUAUCUGUUAAACUAUAUCUACAUUUUAGAUUAAUAUGGCCAUUAUAGAUUUUUUUUUACCCCUUAAUGUCAAUUAUUUUAUUAGUCACUUUAAAUCAGAUUUGUGCUUAUAUUUUGUUACAACUUAGUUCACUUUUGGACAUUAAGGCUCCUCUGAACUGACUGCCAUAACUUCACGCACUUUCAGGAAAGUGCAUUGCUAACUCAGGAUUUUUUAGCCAAGGCCAGUGUCCAAAUGAAACUUGGUAGAUUUACAACAACAAAACAGCUGAAUGUACACACAGAUGACUUCACCGAGCUGACUGACAUACCUCAUAUCUCUUUCAAAUAAACAACAUAGAUUGCAUUUUAUAUUUGAGACAGGGACAUUGUAGCUAUGGCUUUUAUUGUAUUCUCUCAGUAACAAAAAGCUUUUAUUAAAUAUUAUAUUUGUGUAACCUUUUUAUACAUGAUAUAGGUAGUGACUACAAUGCUGUGUAAACAACAUUUGUCUACUCAUGCCCCAUCUUUCCUCCUAUGUUGAUUUUGGACAGUUACCAAUAAAAUAUUUUACAGUGUUUACA